CGCUCCACUCUCAUGGAGUCAUUUACAUAAGGAGGAGACUAUAAAUGAGUCAGGGUGGAGCAGCACUCUUCCAAUGCGCACUCUGCUGAUGCUCUGAAGGCGCACUGUCCGAAAAGCAACUUGAAAGAUGUCGUUCUCCUCACCGCGACAUUCCUCCUACAGAAAGAUGUUCAGUGGAGACAAGGUGGCGCUCAGGAGCUACUCCAGCCGGCAGUACUCCAGCCCUGCACUGCGCUCCUCCUCCAGGGGGACCCUGAGCGUUUCCUCUGCCCCGACCGUUUACGCAGCAAAGACCCAGAGGCUGCGGAGCAGCUCAGCCAUGCCCCGGCUGGCCUCCGAAAACCUGGACUUCUCUCUGUCCGACGCCAUCAACACCGAGUUCAUCACGAACCGCACCAACGAGAAGGCGCAGAUGCAGUCGCUCAACGACCGCUUCGCCAACUACAUCGACAAGGUGCGCUUCCUGGAGCAGCAGAACAAGAUCCUGCUGGCGGAGCUGGAGCAGCUGAGGGGCAAAGGCACGACCCGGGUGGGCGAUCUGUACGAGGACGAGAUGCGGGAGCUGAGGCGUCAGGUGGACCAGCUGACCAGCGAGAAGGCCCGUGUGGAGGUUCACCGGGACAACUUGGUGGACGACGUGGACAGGAUGAGAGAGAAGUUGCAGGAUGAAAUUGCUCAGCGAGAAGAGGCUGAGUCAAACAUGCACAGCUUCAGACAGGAUGUUGACAAUGCUGCCCUGGCCAGACUGGACCUUGAGCGGAAGGUGGACUCACUGCAAGAGGAAAUCAACUUCCUUAAAAAGCUGCACGAUGAGGAAAUGCUGGAGCUGCAGAAUCAGAUCCAGCAGCAGCAGCAUGUCCAGGUGGACAUGGACUUGGCUAAGCCUGACCUGACAGCUGCUCUGAGGGACGUCCGUCUGCAGUACGAGAACCUCGCCACCAAAAACAUCCAUGAGUCUGAGGAAUGGUACAAAUCAAAGUUUGCUGACCUCAAUGACGCAGCAGCCAGAAAUACCGACGCUUUGAGACUGGCCAAGCAGGAGGCCAAUGACUACAGACGUCAAAUUCAGGCUCUCACUUGUGAAGUGGAUGCCCUUAAAGGAAGCAAUGAAUCCCUGGAGCGUCAAAUGAGAGAACUGGAGGAAAACUUCUCCCAGGAGAGUAACGGUUACCAGGACACCAUUGGCCGUUUAGAAGAGGACAUCCACAACAUGAAGGACGAGAUGGCCCGUCACCUGCGGGAGUAUCAGGAGCUCCUCAAUGUCAAAAUGGCUCUGGACAUUGAGAUUGCCACCUACAGGAAGCUGCUGGAAGGAGAGGAGAGCAGAAUCUCUGCUCCACUGCCGAACCUUUCAGCCCUCAGCCUGCGAGAAUCAAUGCACGAAGCCAAACCUCACGCUGAAGCCACAACAACAAGAAAGGUUCUCAUCAAGACCAUCGAGACCAGGGAUGGUCAGGUGAUCAACGAGUCAACUCAGAAUCACGAUGACCUGGAGUAGUAACUUUCAACAGGAACAAAACAAAGAACCACACGUUACUGUAGCCACAAGCAAGAAAACCAACCUACAACAACAACACAACAAACUCAACAGCUUUGAAAAAGUGCCUUUACAUUUGAUGACCCCAUGAGUCUGUUAGUUGAUGAAGACGAUGAUGAAUUACUUUUUCCUCUGCUGAAGUGUUUUGUCACGUUUGUUUAGACACAUUAAUGAAGUCAGCACAAUGUAGAAAGGUCUACAAGAAUCCUUUGUAACCAAAGUAGCCGUUUGGAUCCAUAUAGCAUGUACAGAGCAGAUAUGUAUGCUGAUGAUGUCAUGAUUGCCUGUAUGCAGCAAUAAACCAUCAAAACUGGAAAACAA